CUCUCACUACACUCUUACCCCUUGCCUGUUCUCUCUGAACUUUGAAUCAGCCACAAGCAGUACUCACAGAGGUGCAACAGACUGGAAAUUAAACAGCAAGUAAUACGCCUCUUUCCACACACCGACAAUCAUAGAUGCUCACCAUCUAUCCUGUAAAUCUUGCCGAACAACGGGGAAAAGACGAACAACGAUGUCCUCGCUGACCAGAGUACUCUUCAUUCUGUCAUUGUUAAUGAUCACAUUCCACGCAGCAACGGCAGAGACACUUUGUGGCGGGGAACUAGUGGAUGCUCUGCAGUUCGUGUGUGGAGAGAAAGGUUUUUAUAUCAGCAGGCCAAACCGAACAUACAGCCGCCGUGCUCGCAAUGGAAUAGUUGAACAAUGCUGCUUUCAGAGCUGUAGCCUGAGUCUGCUGGAGCAGUACUGUGCCAGAACUGUGAAGUACGAGCGAGAUCUUUCCUCCACCUCACUGCAGGACUUCCCAGUGUCACAGGCUCUUCACAAGGAUAUCUCAAGAACACCUCUCAGAGUGAAGUAUUCCAAAUAUGAAGUGUGGCAAAGAAAGUCUGUCCAAAGGUUAAGGAGAGGGGUCCCUUCCAUCCUACUUGCCAGAAAGUUUAGGAGGCAGGUGGAGAAAAUCCAAGAUGGGGAGCAAACAAAUUUUCACCGGCCCCUCAUUACCCUUCCCGACAGACAUCCUGCCAUCGUUCCACACAUCCAGAUCAACACUUCCCAUAAGUGAUGCCCAACCUUCCAAUGUGGCAACAAAGGAUUAUAGCCAGUUCUUGGUCAGCAGAGGCACUUUUUUCAUGAAUCAUGCCACUCACCAUCAAAACCAGAUUAUGAUCACUGUGUUAUCACCCUUCAAAACGCAAAAAAGUUA